AUGCUUAACGAAAAAGUCAUAGGAGAAUAUGUUUAUUUAGUAUCUGAUGAAUGCAAAGUAGGAGUUGGUUAAUUCAGUCAUGUUUAUAAAGGAUAUCAUGAGAAGACUAAGAAACUAGUGGCAAUUAAGCAGAUUGACAAAAAACAAACUAAAGGUAUUUUUGAAUAGAUGCUUCGAAAUGAAAUCAGUAUACUUAAACAAUUAGAUCAUUAAUAUAUACUAAAGAUGGAUGCAUAUUAUGAAACACCAAACAAUUAUUAUAUAAUAACAGAAUUUUGUGAAACAGGUAAACUAUUUAUCAAUAAAACAAUAGACAUUCUAUAAAUAAUAAAAUAAAAAGGUUCAUUGCCUGAAAAUACAGUAAUUAAUUAUGUAAUACAAAUUAGUGAAGCAUUGAAGUACUUAAAUUCAAAAAGUAAAUUAUGUAUUCUUAAUUAUAGAAAUUGUUCACAGAGAUAUUAAACCAUCUAAUAUCCUAAUCCAUGAAGGUGAAGUGAGAUUGGCUGAUUUUGGAUUUGCAAUUCAUUAAGACAAAGUUGGAAUUGAAGAUAGACAAUUUUAGAUUGGAUCUCCAUUAUAUAUGUCUCCAGAAACAUUAAUAAAAAAUGAAUACAAUCAUAGAACAGAUCUAUGGUCUUUAGGUGUUUUAUUUUUUGAAAUGAUUUUUGGUAUCUCCUAUCAUUAUUAUAAAGGUGUUGUUCCUUUCUACUCUACUGAAAUGGAUGAUUUAAUCAGAAAAUUACAACAAUAUCAAAAGGAUUAUAGAUUGAUAUUCAAAUAUCCAAUCUCUGAAGCCUCAACAGAUGCUAUAUAGAAUUUAUUAGCAUUCAACCCAGAACAUAGGUGUGAUAUUAAAAAAUUACAAAUAAUACUAAAAAAUCAUGAUAAAAAUAGAGCAUUUGGAGAUGCUAGUAUGCAUUUAUAAAAACGAACUGCCACUCCUGAUAAAAAAAGGAAAGUUACACCUGAUUAAAGUCCAGAAAAUAGAAGCAAAGUAUAAUUAGCAAAAAAGGAAUUAGUAAAAGUAAGUUGUCCUGCUUAAUUCUUUGAUAAAAAAUCUACCUAUUUUGUUAAAAAUAAACCAAAUAAAGAAGAUGAUUAAUAAAAUUCAAAGAGAGAGGAAAAUCUAGGAACAGAUAGAAAGGAUAAUGUAACAGCUCAAGAAAUCUCAAUUAUAAGAUUACAUGAUUAAAAACCAUAAAAUAAUGAAAUUACCCAAGAGAACAUGAAUAAUGAAGAGUUUUUAGCCUUUCUCAUUAAAAAAUUAGAAUCUGCAAAAAGAUAGGAUACAAAUUAAAAUAAAUAAAUUAACGAGUGUUAAUUUUUGUUAGUAUGAAUUUUUUACAUAUAAGUAUCAAUACUAUGGGAAAGAUCAAAAUAUGCUCUAAAGUUUGAAAAAUAAGGAAAUGCCUAGUUGA